AAAAAAAUGAGACGAAAAGAAAAACAAUGCAAAGCAGGGGCUUUGCUGAACUGUAGCUGUGCCUAUCGACUGUGAACCCAAGGCCUGUUGGAUAAGAAAUGACUGUUCACCAAAUAGUAACCACUUGCAGGGGAAACAACUCUACCUUGAUCUUGCGUGUUUGAUAUCAGAAAACAGGAAGUUGUUAAAAGACAGAAAAUGGCUACCUUAACAAAACAUGAGCAAAAGCAAUCUUUACAACAGGCAGCAAUACGGCAAAAGAAGAAGGCUGUGAAAUCUGUUUUGAUAACCCCUUUCAAGACACAAUGGCCUAAAAUUCCAGUUGAAGAUCAACAGAAGAUUCUGGACGAUCUGACGAGCAUUCUUCUGCCAGUAUACCACGAGAAGAAGGAAAUGAACCAGAAAUCCAAGCAGACAGACAUGAAAAACAUCGCUAAAAGGAAGGCCAUGCAAAACCAACUGAUGGUAAAUGUUUCUUCAAGGAUUUCAUUUCUUCAGUGAAAGCACCACAGAUUAACAUACCAUUUAUGACCAACUAUGUGGCUCAGCAUUCAAAUAUACUGACAAAAGUGAAUGCCAAUAAAACUAGUGUCUCUCUGCCCGAAAUCCAACGUGGUAAUUUGAAACCUUCAUCUAAGGGUUCACUCACUAAAGAUGAGUCCAUGGAGUUGUGUCCAGCUUCAUCUCCUUCACCAUCCCAGAUUUCUAGUACUGCUGCCAAGGAUGGAUUUUCUCACUUCUAUGUGAGAACGUCUGUAAAAGAGUCAGUAAAAAGCUCAGAACAGAAGUCUUUUGAUCCUAGCCUUGAUUUCAUUUUUCUUGGAGAUGAUGAUGAUGAUGAUGAUGAUGAUGAUGAUGAUGAUGACAAUGAAGUAUUACAGAUGAUGCUUUGUUUCCGGAACCGAGACAGCAAUUUUAAAAACACAAAAUGGGAGGAAAUUUUUGCUCCGAAAUUUAUGUCUGAUCGUUUAUAUAAUGUGACCACAAAGAAAGAUGAUGUGAAAAAGCUCCAUGCAAAGGAUGAGAAGAAGAAGAAGGAAAAGAAGGGACUGAGUAAAAAGGAUAAAAUGGUAAAGAAGAAGAAACUUAAGGGUAAGAGUAAGGCUAUCAAAAAGAAAGGACAGUCUCUAAUAGAGUACAAAGACACUAACAUUAGACGGAUUAAAGGGAACAGUGACAGGAAACUGAAGAAAAGUAAAAAAAAUCUCUAAAAAAACUCUUGCAAUUAGUACAGACUGUAAAACAAAGGAAAAAACAAAUAAAAAUAAAAAUAAAGAUACCAAACAGUAAUAAACGAUGAUGAUAAUAAAAAUAAUAAUAA